AUGGACAACAUCGAGUGUAAUCGCUUGCGCGUUGAAGCCAAUGACGACGUACCAAUAACUCGUAGUAGUUUGUCAUCUCAGAAACAAGUUCUCAAGACAAUUGCAAUCCCAUUGACACCUCUUGACCGUAUGUACGAAGGCUCUGUGGGUGGAUUUCUUACUUUAAAAAGUCGUAUCCAUUUACGAAUUUCAACGACUGGUUUAGUAAAUGGAGAAGUUCGACGUAUUCAAGAGGAAAACGUCAAUGCAAUUGACAAUUGCAAUGAAAAGAAACGUAAACGUCGAGUGAUUAGUGAUCAUAUCGAUGGUAUUGUAAUUGCGCACGUGGUGGGGGAUGGCCAAAUUGUUCCAAUUGAAGAAGAGGUGGAAUCGCCAUCGUCAAAAAGCUCAGACGACAAUGUUACGUCGGCAGUAGAAUAUUGCUGUACUUUUGAUGUGAUGAAGAGAUUACAUCACGUCGAUCGACAUACAUUGACAUGUCAUUUACACGUUCCAAUGACACCCGAUGCACCUGCAGUCGGCACUUGGCGAUUCUCUAAAGGAGACGAACAAACCAGACAACCAGUGACGAGUACAAUGGGAUCAAGGAAAGGAGAGAUGCCGGGCUCAAUUGCAGAGCAAAAGGUGUUCCAACUGGAACCGGUGCAGUGGUGUCAAUCUCAGCAGGAAGUAGAGCGGACGACACAAGAGGCGGAGAUGAUGCCACUCCUGUGUCCGCUGCGACCUGGCAAGUACGAGUUUAAAGGCUUUACAACGUAUAACAAACCAUCUGACGUAGCUGCGGCGGUACCAAGACAGAGAAAUGGACGACGAGGCCGCCCUCGUCCUGUCAUGACCACUAUGAAAGAUAAAUGCUGGGUCACGUUGUACUUGCUGCCUGAUGGUACAUUGCAUGGCACGUCUCGCGAAGUUGCGCAGCCUCAGGUAUGCGAAUUGAAAGGACGCUGGUAUGCCAAUCGUGUCGCGUACGUACUAGAAUAUCGGGUUCGCGAGGCUGUGGGACACUUUCGCUAUUCCGGAGCUGUAGUGAUCGAAGAAGGUCAUGCUGGUGUAUUAUGUGGCAAGCAGAGAAGCAAGAAGGCAAAAGGCAAAAGCAAAGCAAAUGCUUCUGGUAAAAGACGCGAGAUACUUAGCGGCAAAUGGCAUAAUGUGGAUGAGGAUCACGAGGACGGUCACGUAGGUGGCCGCGGAGAGUUUGAGUUGGAACUCGAACGCGUAAAUUUUACACCUACCACACUCAAAACGGAGAAGAAUGAUAGUAAUGGUGAUAUCGCUUCACGCUUCCAACAAGAGCAGCGGCAAAUGCACCACGAUAUCGGUAGAGCUAAAUUUGCUGCUGUUACCAAUGACGACGAUGACGCUAUCCACGUGUUUACGUCAGGCGUGUACGAGUUAUCUGGCUGCACCAGUGACACCGAUGGAUACGAAUAUCCAUUUGAGCUGAAGGUGCAGUUGCGACCAGGUGGAAUGCUACUUGGCGAGAGCAAAGAGCGUAUUUUUCAGCAAGUAAGCCCUGUAUUUGGGUGCUGGGGGCCGUCACGGAUUGAGUAUGGCCAGCAAUACGUGGUGAAGCAUGAGGUGGGCAUGUACACGUACACAGCAGACAUUAGCCGUGAUGGCGCCGUGCUACAAGGGACGUGGGCCAAUGUUGAGGCCGAUUCCGCCUCAGAUCCAAGCGAACAUGGUACGGUUGCGCUAAUUCUGGUGAAUUCAACGAGACGGUGGAGCACGUUCAGUCAUGCGCAUUACCCAUUAAGGUUUCGUCAAGGGGUGCUGACAACAUUAAUGGCGUCAGCGAGGAUGCGCAAACUUCCUGGGGUGCUCUGGACACAUAUCUUUGCAUUCUGCAGCGAAACUUGGUUCACCCCAUCGUAG